CUGGCGGCGCUCAUGGGGCUGCUGGUGCUGGCCACGGUGCUGGGCAAUGCCUUGGUCAUUCUGGCAUUCAUGGUGGACCGGAGCCUCCGUACGCAGGGCAACUUCUUCUUCCUCAACCUAGCCCUCGCCGACCUCCUGGUGGGCAGCUUCUGCAUCCCCCUCUACAUCCCCUACGUGCUGACGGGCGAGUGGAGACUUGGCAGGGGCUUGUGCAAGCUGGUGGUGGACUACCUGGUGUGUACUGCCUCUGUCUUCAACAUCGUCCUUAUCAGCUUCGACAGGUUCAUCUCAGUCACCAAAGCGGUCAGUUACAGGGCUCAGAAAGGGAUGACCAGAAAUGCAGUACUGAAGAUGAUCGCUGUAUGGAUUGCUGCUUUUCUUCUCUAUGGUCCAGCCAUUCUCAGUUGGGAGUACAUUGCCCAAAAGAGCAUCCUCCCUGAAGGAGAAUGUCAUGCAGAAUUCUUCUACAACUGGUAUUUCCUAAUGAUUGCCUCUACUAUUGAAUUCUUUACACCUUUCAUCACUGUCACAUACUUUAAUGUAAGUAUUUACCUCAACAUCAGGAAACGCACAUCCCUCAGAAAUGAAAACCUAUCACCUGGUCAAGAGGACUGUGAAAUGAGUUUCCAGGGGAAAAAAAGGGAACACACCAUAUUUUUUGUAAAACCUGCUAACAGACACAAACACGAGAAAAAGAGAGCAAGCAGCCUUUCUCCCCCAAAGGUUUCAAGGCUCAGCCUGAAUGACAAUCAGUCAUUAAAUCUGACUGUCAAUCAAGACCUCCCACCACUUCAGGUGGAAGUCAAGACCAAACCUCAUAGGAAUGGUUUCUACAAAAAUACAGAAAGCAUAUGCAACACCGCCACCAGAGUGGACAUUGCUAACACUAUGGCAAAUAGAUUUAGACUUUCCCGGGAUAAGAGAGUAGCAAAGUCUUUAGCAAUUAUCGUCUGUGUGUUUGGUUUGUGUUGGGCUCCAUAUACGCUUUUGAUGAUCAUCAGAGCAGCUUGCCAUGGGCACUGUGUGCAGUAUUCUCUCUAUGAGACUUCAUUUUGGCUUCUGUGGGUGAAUUCAGCCAUUAACCCUGUUCUAUACCCACUGUGCCACGUGAGCUUUAGGAAAGCCUUUAUAAAACUCCUGUGUCCAGGAAAAGCCAAAAUUCAUCCUCAUAUAUUUAUGUGA